UUGGCAAAGAAAAUAAAAGCAGGACAACUAACACCAAAAAAGAAAGUAAAGAGAACAGUUCGAGUUGGUUUAUCAGCCGCACUUUGUUAACUCCGCCCUUAACGACGGACUUAUCAAAGUUCGUCCCUACUAAAAACUCAACCACUUCACUUCAGAUCUUCCUCAUAUUCCAUUAGGUUUUCAGUUUUCACCAGAAAAAAAAUAAUAAAAUGCAAUCCUCACUCUCUAUCUCCGCCUCUCAGGCAGUUACCAAUGCUGCAUUUCAGAGAUCAAAUUACUGUUUUGAUUUCUCGAAUUCGAAGUUUGUUGUUAAUAAUCUCCGAUUCUGUGGCCUGAGACGAGAGGCGGUUGGAUUCUGUUCUCAUUCUCGAGCUCUGAAUCGUCACCGUCCCAUUCGGUCCGGGAGGAUUUGUGCUUCUGGUGCUGAAAAUGGAAGCGCGUCUCCUCCGAAGUCUUUUGACUAUGAUUUAGUUAUUAUUGGAGCUGGUGUCGGUGGUCACGGUGCUGCUCUUCAUGCUGUUGAGAAGGGUUUGAAGACUGCUGUGAUUGAAGGAGAUGUGAUUGGAGGUACAUGUGUUAACAGAGGAUGUGUUCCUUCGAAAGCUCUGCUUGCUGUCAGUGGCCGAAUGCGCGAACUUCAGAACGAGCAUCACUUGAAAGCUUUAGGUCUUCAGGUUUCAGCAGCUGGCUAUGAUAGGCAGGGAGUUGCUGAUCAUGCAAAUAAUCUUGCUUCCAAAAUUCGUAAUAAUCUAACAAAUUCAAUGAAGGCACUUGGAGUGGACAUAUUGACUGGUGUUGGAACAAUUGUGGGCCCACAAAAGGUGAAAUACGGUAAAGAUAAUGUGGUAACUGCAAAGAACAUAAUUAUUGCCACUGGAUCUGUCCCUUUUGUCCCCAAGGGUAUUGAAGUUGACGGGAAGACUGUAAUUACAAGUGACCAUGCAUUGAAAUUGGAGUUUGUUCCCGAUUGGAUUGCAAUAGUCGGAAGUGGUUAUAUUGGUCUAGAAUUUAGUGAUGUAUACACUGCACUUGGAAGUGAGGUUACGUUUGUUGAAGCUCUAGAUCAGCUUAUGCCUGGAUUUGAUCCUGAGAUUGGAAAGCUUGCUCAGAGAGUGUUAAUAAAUCCACGAAAAAUUGACUAUCAUACUGGGGUUUUUGCAAGCAAGAUCACUCCUGCAAAGGAUGGAAAACCUGUUACAAUUGAGCUUAUUGAUGCCAAGACAAAGGAACACAAAGAUACACUAGAGGUCGAUGCAGCACUAAUUGCAACUGGAAGGGCUCCAUUUACAAAUGGUCUAGGCUUGGAGAAUGUCAAUGUAGUAACGCAGCGUGGUUUUGUAUCUGUUGAUGAGCGCAUGCGUGUUCUUGAUGCUGAUGGAAAUUUGGUACCGCACUUGUACUGCAUUGGUGACGCCAAUGGUAAAAUGAUGCUUGCUCAUGCCGCCAGUGCACAAGGAAUUUCAGUGGUUGAACAAAUCAGCGGAAGAGAUCACGUGCUGAAUCAUUUAAGUAUUCCAGCUGCCUGUUUCACUCAUCCUGAAAUCAGUAUGGUUGGGCUGACAGAGCCUCAAGCAAGGGAGAAAGCUGAAACCGAGGGAUUUGAGAUAGGUGUUGCCAAGACAAGUUUUAAGGCCAAUACAAAGGCCCUUGCAGAAAAUGAAGGAGAGGGACUUGCUAAGUUGAUAUAUAGACCCGACAAUGGAGAAAUACUUGGAGUUCAUAUUUUUGGGUUGCAUGCUGCCGAUCUCAUUCAUGAAGCGUCCAAUGCUAUUGCUUUGGGAACCCGUAUUCAGGAUCUAAAACUUGCAGUCCAUGCACAUCCUACUCUCUCCGAAGUCCUUGAUGAACUUUUCAAAUCGGCAAAGCUGAAGACAACACAAUCCAACUUCUUCAAGCUAGUGACAGAAAUUUUUAAUUUAUGGGGCAGGUUGACGCGCAUGUCUCGAGCCAAGUGAGUGAACCGGUUACUGUCUAGGUAUCUCAAACUCAAAAGUAAACACAAUUUUGAAGAAAUUUGUUUCUCUUAGGGAGUGCCAGGAACUAUAUACCGCCACCAGGGCAAGAGAAGAGGUCAACAGAUUACGAAACCAAUUCAAAGAAAUACCAUUAUCAAGAAUUUAGCUAGGUCCUUGGUACUUAUCGGGUCUGGAAAUUCUGUUGUGUUGUUGCUGUUGUUUUUUGAGUUUGUUAUUACGUUAAUUGCAAAUAAACUAUCAGUGAUAGUUAUUUCAAUUUUAAGAUUAAUUUUAGA